ACAUGGCUUCGCCUGGAGGCGACGAGGGCGCCGGCCCCGAGGCGGACAGGCCUCACCAGCGGCCCUUCCUGAUCGGGGUGAGCGGCGGCACCGCCAGCGGCAAGUCAACUGUGUGUGAGAAGAUCAUGGAGCUGCUGGGACAGAACGAAGUCGACCACCGGCAGCGGAAGUUGGUCAUCCUGAGCCAAGACCGGUUCUACAAGGUGCUGACCGCGGAGCAGAAGGCCAAGGCCCUGAAGGGACAGUACAAUUUCGACCACCCAGAUGCUUUUGAUAAUGAUUUGAUGCACAGGACACUGAAAAACAUCAUGGAGGGCAAAACUGUCGAGGUCCCAACCUAUGAUUUUGUGACUCACUCCAGGUUACCGGAGACCACGGUGGUAUACCCUGCAGACGUGGUCCUGUUUGAGGGCAUCUUGGUCUUCUACAGCCAGGAGAUCCGGGACAUGUUCCAUCUGCGCCUCUUUGUGGACACGGACUCGGACGUCAGGCUGUCGAGAAGAGUUCUCCGAGACGUGAACCGCGGGAGGGACCUGGAGCAGAUCCUGACCCAGUACACCACCUUCGUCAAGCCAGCCUUCGAGGAGUUCUGCCUGCCGACCAAGAAGUAUGCCGACGUGAUAAUCCCUCGCGGGGUUGACAACAUGGUUGCCAUCAACCUGAUUGUGCAGCACAUCCAGGACAUUCUGAACGGGGACAUCUGCAAGUGGCACCGUGCUGGGGCCAACGGGCGGAGCUACAAGAGGACGUUUUCUGAGCCGGGAGACCAUCCCGGGGUGCUGACCGCCGGCAAACGGUCACACCUGGAGUCCAGCAGCAGACCGCACUGAGGCGUGGCGCUGGGCCUCUCGGCAGGUCCCCUCAGGUGCCCACCUGCCCCCAAAACACACCUGCCACUUCUCCGCGUCUGGGACAGCCCAUGGUGUAAGGGUCAGGGCGACCUCAGCAGCAGGGACCCUGGACACAUGUCCCAGCUCUGUGAUGGGGUGAGGACAGUGACUGCACCUGCUUCCUUGGGGUGCGGGGAGUUGGACGCCUCCAGGCACUCAGCAGUGCCAGAUGGCCAGGUGGCAGCCUGGAUGCUCGUGCCCGGGCAGCACACAGGCUGUGUAGUUGGGGAGGACUGGAGAAACGGCCUGGACACGCUGCUGUCCAGUGUAUCGACCGUGAUCUCCCAGUGAGUUUUCUGGUGUGAUCUGGUCCUCACACACGUACAACUGACCCUUUGAAAUAUU